AAUAUAAAUUUUUAUUGACUUUAUUUAAAUUCAAAACAUGAAAUCAUGUAUAGUGCCAAUUAUACAACUAAAUUAAUCAUUAUCCCUUAAAUAUUUCUACGUUAAACAACUUCAAACUUUGUGAUUCCAAGGAGGUCAAACGAGCAUAAACAUGAAAAUAAAGGAAAGCGGCCACCAUAGCUAUUAGCUUCCCUUUGCUUCAAAUAUUCCCUCGAGAUUCCCAAGGUCAGAGCCAGAGGCAGUAUAUAAACCUUCAUAGCCACCCUCCCUCAUGCACCACACCAUCCCUCAACUACAAAUUAAUUCUCUCUUCCAUUCUCUCAUCUCACUUCAGCUAGAUCAUCUGACUAGGGUAAAAAUGAGCAUGAGCAGACCAGGAGACUGGAACUGCAGGUCCUGCCAGCACCUCAACUUCCAGAGGAGGGAGUCGUGCCAGAGGUGCGGGGAGCCCAGAUCCGGCGGCGGCUCCGACUACGGCGGUUUCACCGGAGGCCGAGGAGGGAGCUCUUCCUUCGGUUUCGCGGGCCCUGACGUCAGGCCCGGUGACUGGUACUGCGCCGUCGCCAACUGUGGCGCCCACAAUUUCGCCAGCCGCUCCACCUGCUUCAAGUGCAACGCCUUCAAGGACGUAGACUCCUCCUCCUCCUACGACGCUGAGGGUUCUCGCACCAGAGGUUUUGGCUUUGGCGGCUUCGGCGGGGGCCGCUCUAGCUGGAAAUCCGGUGACUGGAUUUGCAGCAGGCCAGGAUGCAACGAACACAACUUCGCCAGCAGGACAGAAUGUUUCAGGUGCAAUGCCCCAAGGGACUCUGCCUCCAAGUCUUCCUUUUAAUUUCAUAUUCCUCCAUUCUCCAUUUUUGGCUAAGUACUGCUAUGGAUCCGAACGGGAGAAUGACCAAGAGAGACCAUUUGGUUUAAUGAUAUUUAGUUGCUUUUUAUGUGUUAAUUUCUUCAUCUUUUCUUGUUUUCUUUUUUUAUUUUUUUAUUUUCCAUCUUUGUUUUCUUCGUCAUCGAUCUUCUCUGCCGCUGCUGGUCGGUGAUCUAGCUUAAGAUGCAUGAUUCAUAAUUGAAGAUCUAUUCCAUGUUCAAGAAGUGAUCAUUAAUAGCUGAACCCUUCCAGCAUUUUGUGA